AUGAAAUUCGCCUCGAGCAUCGAGGAGAAGGAGUUGAGCCCGGAAGAAGCGGAGCUCAUUCAAAAAAUCAAGUCGAAGAUAAAUGUGGUUCGAUCCAUGGAACGUCUGUACGCCGUGCCAUCGGAACAGCUGCGUGUUUGGUUGGUCUGGCUUUCGAAAGUGGGAGACAUGGCUGACGAAUGGCACAAAUGGUUACGCUCUCACAUCGACUUCGUUCUAAGACUGUCGAUAGAGCUGCGGGCAGCCGAGGAAAUUUUGAGGUUGGAGGAACCGAGAACCGAGGAGACGGAUCCGAAGAAGGAGGAAAUGAAGGUCGAAACGGAAAUCGAAACCAAAGAGAUCGAGACGGACACGAAGGAAGAUACGAAGGAGGAGACGAAGGAGGAGACGAAGGAGGACGCGAAGGAGGAGACGAAGGAGGAGACGAAGGAGGACGAAAAGAUGGAGGAGAAAAACACGAACAACCAAGGAACACGGAUAAUCCAAACGACGAAGAAGAUGAUGAACGCGAGGGAAUUGUUUGUCCCAUUGAUUUUGGAAACAUGGAUGGGUGAUUUUGUUGCAGACGAUGUGACAGAGGAGGAGGAAGAAAUAACGCCGGGAGAAGAAAUCGAGGAAGAAGAGAGACAGAAGGAGGAGGAGAAAGUAGAAAAUGGGGAGGAAGUGACUAAAACAGAAGAGGAGAAAGUGGAAGAAGAGGAAGAAGAGAAGCCAAUUAUAAAGGAGUGGCCCGUGGGCAUUCCGUGGGAGCAUUUAGGAAUAGAGGAAGAGAAGGAGAAGCCAUUCGACAAACGAUUGCCCAUACCCAAGAACGAGGCGGAGAUGAAGGAUUUCUUGAGGAAGUUCACGCACGAGGCGACCAUCCAUCGAUCCUCCUUUAAGCAUUGGAAGGAUACCGCGGAUCAGGCUGUCAAGGAAAUUGGAAACAGACUGGUUAUAGCUACGUUCCUGGUGCAAGGGAAAGAUGAGAAGGGAGAGAUAAAGAAACCGCCUGUUAAAAAAAUAUUCAGCCCAAAGCCUAAAAAAGCGAAAUCUACCCCAAGGAAGGACAAGAAAAGGAAAGUUGCGUCGCCUGCGAGGAAGACGAACAGGGAACCGGAGAAAACGACGCAGGAAUCACAAUUGGAAAUGAGCCCGAGUAAAAGGGAAUUGGAAAUCCGCAAAAUGCUGGACAUAGACGCGAAUGAUUUCGUGAAGGACUGUGCACGUGGAGCGGAACCUCUGCCGUACUUCUUCUACCUGAAAAUGGAACCGGACAUCGACAUAGCCAUGGAGCACGAUGACGAGGAGAUAAUCCUAGCCGACACCGAGCGCGAGAACAUAAACGGCGAUUUCCAGCGCCUCUAUUUCAAUCUUUCCGACAAACCUUGCAAAGGAGGGAAACCGUGGAUGUUAUAGCGAAAUAUAGGAACCGUCGAAACGUCGCUAAUACAAGCGUGUGCAAUAAGCAACAAUAAUAAUAAAAUAAAUUCUUGCAG